AUAAUUUGAUUCAUUUAAAAAUUAUAAUUAAAAUAUUCAAUACGACGAGGUUCAAACUUAAUAUUUAUGAUCGGAUUCAUGUUUCGUAAAUUAUAGUUCUAUCAAUCGCAGCUUACAUACGUUCUCUUGCCUAUGAAAACUCUUACAUUCAGGAGUAAAGUGGAAAUGCUGUGGCAUGUUCGUGGUUUGAAGUUCGAAAUUUGUCUGCAGAAAUGAAGGAUAGAAGAAUUAGUCAAAUUAAUUUUCAUACAUUUACCUUCGUUGAUGAAUGAUCAGGAUUCCAACAUAGUAUUUUCAUUCCAUUUUCUUUUUUAGUUAAGCUGCAAAAUUUGUGAACAUAACACGGAUUCCUGUUUCACAAGGAUUCAUAAUUGUAGAAAUCAAAUGGAAAUCAUAAAUACAACGGCAGUCACAGAGACACAGAAAACAAAAGAUUAUUUUAAAUAUCGACAACUUCGAGUUAAUAAAUUACCUAGCGCCGGUUUCAAAAAAACCACUGAGCGUUUUUUCCUCGCCGAUGUCAAGGCAAAUGCCGAAAAAUUUACUCUAUCGUCUUCUGUGACUUCCACCGAUGUGCGUAUACUGCCGAAUAAGAUUUCAGCACAGCAUAUUUACUCCAAUCCCUGCUUAGAAGGACCUAGUUCGACCGGUGCAAACCAAACAUCACUUUUAUCCACACAACCAGCACCAUUAAGAAAUUUACUAACAUCAUCGACUAUUCCUGUUUCAUCCACACUAGUUCAAAAUAACUUUUUGGCUGCCUCCGAUGAAAAGCAACUUAUUCAAAACACACAUUCAAACUUCGAAGCUGUAGCUGCCAAUAGCAGUGUUAGAAAUUCGGGCAAAGGCUCUACCGCUACACUUUAUGUGCCAAUUAUUGCUACCGGCACCAGCUUGACGCAACCAGUUAUGAAAUACCACACUAUACAAUUGUCGCAUAUGAAGCCAUUCGACUCCCCUUCACAUAUGACGAAUGCUUCAAAUAAUAACGUAAAUUGUUAUGAAGAAAUUGAACUACCUCAUCCAAAGCCCACCUGUCAGAUAGCUGUAAGACAACCUCACGGUAGGUAACUAUUCCAUGCGUCUCCGUGCGUUGCUAUGCUGAAAACAAUAAUAAAGAAAAAACAUAGAGCGCAUGGAACAACCGGGCAACGACCACAAUUUCGUAAAAUAGACAUUUAAAAAUAUUUUCAGCCAUUUGAAUUACAUCUGAUCGUU